GGAGGUUUUCCCAAUAUUCUAUAAAAGACGACAUAUCUCAGGCGAUACCAACAGUUUUCUUUGUAUUUCGUUACAAUCGAGUUUGUGAAUAUGAAACUAUUUAUUCUGAUGGCUUUAUGUCUUAUUUCUCUCGCUGUGCCUUCGAUGGCUGACCCGUGGUAUGGCAGGGGGAAAGGACACGGACACGGUGGACACGGAGGAGGUGGACAUGGAGGAGGUGGACAUGGAGGAGGUGAACAUGGAGGAGGAGGAGGAGGGGGAAAAUGGGGAGGAAUUACGAUUGGAGCGCCAUCCAUUGUGUUCGAAAUUGGUGACGAAGUUGAUGCGAAUGACAUAGCGAAUGAUCCUAUUGAAGUGUAUUAUAUAUGAAAAAAUAAAUAAAAAAAACUGCAAUGAAAAACUGUAUU